GGCCUUACUACGAGUCAAUGAGCGAUAGGGACCGAGUAUUGAUUUACUUCCUCUUUCGUUCCUGAAUCAUCAAAGUAUAUCAACAUCUAGACAUAAGCCCAGGCAAAACGGGCAAGUGCAAGUACUCAAAAUACUGUGGUUGCUUUGAGCUUCAUUCCAAAACAAAUAGUGUUUCCAAAAGUCAUGUCGUCAUAGCGGAGAAUAAGUUAAAAGACGAUUCCAAAAUCUCGGUUUUCCCUUCCUCUUCCUUCACUCCCUAAUCUUGUUAUCGUAUACAAUGGAUAUUAGCCCCCUUGGCAUUGCCAAAGUAACUAUUCCCAAUUUACCUUUGAUUAUCAAAACUACUAUUUUAGCACUGCUUUCUCGUUCCCCAAAUGCUUCAGUUCAGGAUGUUAUUACCGAACUUAUAGUUAUCGCUGCACGACCUAUGCUUAGCACUCCUGCAGCUAUUUUAAAAUCUCAAAUACAAUCUCAAAUAGACUGGGGAAUAUGGGGGCAAAUGUGGAUUGCCAAGUAUACAAUCCCGAGACCUCAAGAUGAUUGCAAUGGCGAUACAGGUGUCUAUAGUGCCAGGAAUGCUUUGGUGAGAGCAAUAGAAGAACUUGGGGGCGAACACAAUGCCUUUGAUCUACCAGAAACGGUGGAUGUGCAAGCCGAGUGGACAGGAUAUCGUAAUGGGGUCUCGAUUUUUGCUCGUCGGCCAAACGUACUCGAGCAUGAGCAGUACGAGAUGAUGAUGAGAGAAGUGGCUACGAAGGGUCCCACGAUUCUUUACUUCCACGGCGGAGCUUUUUGGUAAGGAAAUCAUAAUGUUCGACGUCUUUAUCUAAACUCAACAUGUAGCCUGAUGGAUCCCGUUACGCAUCGACCGACAACGUCUGCUUUGGCUCAACAAACCCAUGGCCGUUGCUUUUCAGUUCGCUAUCGAUUGGCACCACAAGAUCCAUUUCCAUCAGCACUUUUAGACGCGCUGAUUGCCUACCUGUCACUGAUCUCUCCUCCCCAAGAUUCUUUCCACGAACCUGUUCCACCUGGGAAGAUCAUUCUCUCAGGAGACUCAUCAGGGGCGGGACUGGCAACAUCGCUUUUGCUACUAUUGUCAACUUUAAAUCGGAUGGGCAUCAAUUCAAUCCGUUUCCACGGCAUCAAUGUACCAAUUAAUGCGAACAAAAUUGCUGGUCUUGCCAUCACCUCGCCUUGGCUGGAUAUUUCCCGGUCUCUGCCUUCCGUAACGAGAAACAUCCAGUACGAUAUGAUAGCACCACCUUCGCCAGAUUAUACAGUACCUCACCCCAAUUUUCCUCACGAUUCAGUCUGGCCAGCCAAGGCACCUCGUGUCGAAACAUAUUGCGAAGCGUCGAUGGUAGCCCAUCCCCUCGUUAGUCCACUUGCAGCUAACAAAGAACAUUGGUGUGGUGUAGCACCAGUCUACAUAAGCGUAGGCUGGGAAAGCAUGCAGGAUGAAGCAGAGAUAUUCGCGCGUAGAGUUUAUGAAGUCGGAGGGACAAUCAUAUUCGAUGGAUAUGUUGGUAUGCCACAUUGCUUUGCGAUGAUGCCGUGGAAUGAAGCCGGAAGAACUGCCUUUAACAAUUGUGCAACAUUUUGUGUGGAAGCGGUUCACGGCAGAGUAAGGCGAAGGAGUUUUGGGCUGUGGACGAAUAAAUAUGGAAAGUCUGAGUUAAUUCAGCUGAAGAACUUGGGAAUGUGUAAUAAUGAAAGAAAAGUGGAUCUUGACGAUAUUCUCGUAAACGAACUGCUAGAGAAGCAAAGAAGAUGGAGGAUAGAUUUAGAAAGGAGCUUGAGAGAUUGUGAAAAGACGAAGCAGUGAUAAGACCUUCAAUAGAAUUAGCAAGCUUACAGCUAGAGAAUAUUAAUCAGUUUUUGU